AUGACAUUUAACUAUACAGCUGAUGUUGAAUUUGAUAUUCUAUUUAAAAUAUUAAUUAUUGGUGAUAGUGGAGUUGGAAAAAGUACAAUUUUACAACGGUUUGCUCAUGAUUAUUUUUCAACGGAAUAUGUAGCGACUAUAGGUGUUGAUUUUCAAAUUCGAACAUUAGAAAUCGAUUCUAAACGUUGUAAAUUACAAUUAUGGGAUACAGCUGGUCAAGAUCGUUUUAAGUGUGUUGUAUCUUCAUUUUAUCGUAAUGCACAUGGUGUUAUCAUUUGUUUUGAUAUAACAGAUUUAGAAAGUUUUCGUAAUGUUAAUAAUUGGCUUGAAGAAGCUAAACGAUAUUGUCCGGAACAAACACCUAUGAUUCUUAUUGGUACUAAAUCUGAUUUAAAAUCACGACGUAUGGUUUCAUAUGAAAUGAUUAAAACUUAUGCUGAACAAAAGCAAUUCUCAUAUCUUGAAACGAGUUCAAAAACAAAUGAAAAUGUUGAAAAAUGUUUUGUUGAUUUUACACAAGCUUUAGUAACUCAUACCAAUCAAAUGGAAAUGCUUUAUAAAAAACAAGAAAUAGAAGACCCAUCACUUGACUUGACAGGUACAGGAAGGCCAGUUAAGAAUCCAGAUACUCCUAGAUGGUGGAGCCGAAUUAAAUGUACAAUCUAA